CUUGGAUUUACUUUAUGCAUCUGAGGAAGGUAAUGUUCGACAUAUACUCUCAGAAGGAAUAUCUGUAGAUAGUGUAUCAUACAAACCACAAUCAAAACGACCCGCUCCUGAAACGACUGACGAGACACAGAGUAAUUUUACCAAUAACAAUUGUCAGACUCCUAUUGGCAGUGAGUCUGGACCUGCUUAUACGAGUUAUGAUGAUGAAUAUGAUGAAUCUGAUGAAUCUGAUGUGGAGUGCGAAUUAAGACUAAACGUAGACGAAAUCGGAUUCGACGAAUAUAUUGAUCAAGGAAAUAAAGAU